UGCAUGCAUUUCUCAGUAAACCCUUCUCUUAUUUUUUUUCGUUUCGCUUUUCCAGCCUUUUUUCUUGGUAGAUUACAUUAUUUGAUUGCGAUAACUAACCUUUAAUCACCACUAUUAAUUGAUUAGCAACGCUCGAAAACCAGCUGAACCUUUUUUCAACGUUUACACACUCUUUUCUCUCUUCAUCCGAGUCACUGUUUUCACACUCUCAUCUCUCUCUCUCUCUCCAAUCUCUGCCGCAAUCAACUCUUCGAUUUUCUCAAGGAAUUGUAGAUCUCUCUCCUUCUUCCGGAAUUCCACAUUUUUCUUCUCUGUUCCUCGAAUCUAUGGUGGUUUACCUUGCAUUCCUGGUUGCUUGUUCCUGCUUCUUCGGUGGCGAAGUGGGUGCUCUGAACGACGAAGGGUAUGCCCUUCUAACUUUCAAACAAUCUGUUCUCAGAGACCCGUUUGGGUCUUUAAGUAAUUGGAACUCCUCCGACCCGAAUCCUUGUUCUUGGAACGGAGUUACAUGCGACGAACAAAGGGUUGUGUCUGUGAGCAUCCCCAGGAAGAAACUCGUAGGUUUUCUUCCUUCGUCCCUGGGUUUACUCCUUUAUCUUCGCCAUCUGAAUUUGAGGAGUAAUGAUCUUAAUGGGAGCUUUCCCGUUGAGCUGUUUGAGGCUCGAAGGCUGCAAAGUCUGGUGCUUUAUGGAAAUUCGUUAUCUGGGUCGAUUCCAAAUGAGAUUGGGAAGCUCAAUUCCCUGCAAAGCUUAGACUUGUCGCGUAAUUUCUUGAAUGGAUCGAUCCCAGAGUCGAUUUUACAGUGUAAGAGGCUUAGGCACUUUGAUUUGAGCCGGAAUGCUCUCACCGGUGCUCUUCCCGAUGGGUUUGGUCAUGCUUUGGCUUCUUUAGGGAAGCUUGACCUCUCAUUCAAUCAGUUCAAUGGCCUAAUUCCUAGUGAUUUGGGCAACUUGACGAAUCUGGAGGGAACUCUUGAUUUGUCUCAUAACUCAUUUAGUGGCUCCAUCCCGGCUAGUCUGGGAAAUUUGCCUGAGAAAGUGUACAUUGAUCUUGCUUACAACAAUCUGAGUGGACCAAUCCCUCAAACUGGUGCUCUGGUAAACAGAGGACCAACUGCAUUCAUGGGGAACCCGAGGUUAUGUGGCCCGCCAUUGAAGUACCCUUGCUUGCCAAACUCGGGAAGUUCUCCAUCUUCUUAUCCUUUUCGUCCCCCAAACCACGAUCAUGGAGGUUUAGAUGAUAAUGGUGAAGGGUCUAAGAAAGGAAGAGGUCUAAGUAAGGGUGCCAUUGUCGCAAUUGUGGUUUGUGAUGUCAUUGGUAUCUGCCUUGUGGGAUUGCUUUUCUCUUAUUGUUACUCGAAGAUCAGUUCGAGCUGUAAUAAUGUGGAUGAGAAAGGCAAGGAAGGUAAAGAAGGUUCCUUCUGUUUCAGAGUAGAAGGAUCAGAGACCCCUUCGGAAAAUCUGGAGCUACAUGAUCUUGUUCUGUUGGAUAAACAUGUAGCUUUCGAUCUGGACGAGUUGCUCAAGGCCUCGGCUUUUGUUCUUGGGAAGAGCGGGAAUGGGGUUGUGUACAAGGUUGUCCUUGAAGACGGGUUAACUGUCGCUGUAAGGAGAUUGGGAGGAGGAGGAUCUCAAAGGUAUAAGGAGUUUCAGACAGAAGUUGAAGCCAUUGGAGAGCUGAGGCAUCCAAACAUUGUAAAUCUCAGAGCUUAUUAUUGGUCCGUGGAGGAGAAGCUUCUCAUCUAUGACUACAUACCUAAUGGAAGUCUUGCCAAUGCAAUCCACGGAAGGGUGGCAUUCAAGCCACUGUCUUGGCCGGUUAGAAUGAAGAUUAUCAAGGGAAUAGCAAGAGGGUUGGUCUAUCUUCAUCAGUUCAGCCCCAAGAAGUACGUUCAUGGAUCUUUCAAACCGAGCAAUAUUCUUCUCGGGCACGAUAUGGAGCCUCAUAUAUCUGAUUUUGGACUUGUCCGUCUCUCCAACAUCGCUGUAGGAUCCCCGACCUCAGAAUCAAACAGAGUGGUAACCGAUGAGCAAUCACAAGACCGAGCAUCCAAACUGGGAUCGUACUAUCAAGCGCCAGAAGCCAUGAAAGCAGUUAAACCGUCUCAGAAAUGGGAUGUUUACUCGUUCGGUGUGAUUUUACUCGAGAUGAUAACCGGAAGGUUACCGGUUGUUAGCGUGGGAAAUUCUGAAAUGGGUAUUGUUCAAUGGAUUCAGAUGUGUAUCGAGGAGAAGAAGGAGAUGGCGGAUAUAUUGGAUCGGUCUUUGGAGGAGGACAAUGCAGAGGAAGUGGAAGAGGAGAUCAUCUCAGUGUUGAAGAUAGCAAUGGCGUGCGUUAGUAGUAGCCCUGAGAAGAGGCCGACUAUGAAGCAUAUCUCUGAGGCUCUCAACCAAAUCGGUUUCCGACAGUGACUCUAAACCAAAACUGUUCCAACUUAAAAGUUUGUUGGAAGUGGUGGAAGUUUAUGUAACUUUAAAGUUUUCUUCGUGUGUUGUUUUGUCCCUUGCACCUGAUAUAUAUAUAUAUAUAUAUAUAUGCUUGCAUUCAUGCAUGUAUGUAUGUACAAGGUCUCUUUGAAAUAUGAUACAUAUACAUAUGUAUGUAUGUAUGUACAGGGUCUCUUUGAAACAUGAUGUAUGCAUGUUUACACA